AAAAAGAAGCAGGACUGAAACACACACUCAAACAGCACACAUCCCUUUUUAAGUUAAACAUAGGAAAGAGAGAAGCAAUAAUGGAAUGGAGGAAAUAUUAUUUGGAUAUGAUACUUGUACCAUUAGCAUUUCUGAUAACCGCUGGUUAUCAUGCUAAGUUGUGGCAUAAGACUCGCACAGAGCCUUUUUCAACCACAAUUGGAAUCAAUGCUCGUGCCAGACGCUUAUGGGUGCCUACCAUGUUAAAGGACAUUGAAAAGAAGAACAUCUUAGUAGCCCAAAGUCUUCGUAAUCUAAUCAUGGGAUCAACACUUAUGGCCACCACAUCCAUUCUUCUAUCAGCUGGUUUGGCAGCAGUUAUAAGCAGCACUUAUAGUGUGAAAAAGCCACUUGAUGAUGUUGUUUAUGGAGCUCACAGCGAAUUCAUGGUAGCACUCAAAUAUUUGACAUUACUUACCAUUUUCUUGUUCUCAUUUAUCUGCCACAGUCAAUCAAUAAGGUUUCUCAACCAGUUGAGCAUCCUUAUUUGCACACCACAAGAUGCAAUGUCCUUGGUGACCCCAAAGUAUUUGACCGACAUUUUGGAAAAAGGGACUAUUUUGAACACUGUGGGAAACAGGAUUUUCUACUCAGCAAUUCCUCUUAUGCUUUGGAUCUUUGGUCCCGUGCUUGUUUUAUUGUGCUCUAUCGCUAUGUUGCUAGUGUUUUACAACCUUGAUUUUGUUUGUGGGAGUGGGAAAGCAAAGAUGGUGCUCAAUGACAAAAGUGACAAUGUGUGAUGUAUUCAGCUAAGACUAAGAUAAUGAAAUCGAUAGGACUAAUGUGUGAAUGCGUUAUUAGGCGUAUCAUUUUCAACUUUAUGUAAGUUGUAAAAGUGGUAGUAUUUUACUCGUACAAGUCAUAGCGCAGAAGCACUUUACCAUAAUAAUUCA